AUGGGCGACCACUCGGCCCCGCUCCCGGAGGGGGUCUCCUCUCUGCUUGAUACAGACCUGUACAAGCUGACGAUGCAAUGCGCAAUCCUGAAAUACUUCCCGGACGUCCAGGUCACCUAUGGCUUCACAAACCGAACUCCGCAGAAGAAGUUGACGCGGGGUGCAUACAAAUGGAUGCUAGCCCAGAUGGACAAGCUCGCAAACAUCCGCGUCACGGACGAUGAAAUCGCAUUCCUCAGAAAGCGAUGCCCCUACUUCAACACCGCAUACCUAGACUUCCUGACGCAAUUCCACCUCAAACCCUCAGAGCAGGUCGAUAUCGAAUUCACCCCUACGGAUGAUACAGGAAGUGACGACGACUUGGGCGAUAUCAAAUACAUCGUCAAGGGCAAAUGGGUCGAGACAAUUCUAUACGAGAUUCCCCUGCUGGCGCUAACGAGCCAGGCAUACUUCAUGUUCUGCGAUAAGGACUGGAACUACGAGUGUCAAGAGGAGAAAGCCUACCGGAAAGGUUAUGUGCUGCUCGAGCACGGCUGCAUCUUCUCAGAGUUCGGAACCCGCCGGCGCCGCGACUACCACACCCAGGAUCUUGUUAUGAAGGGACUUUGUCGGGCUGCGAGCGAGGCCAAGGCAAAGGGUCUACCGGGUGUCUUUACCGGUAGCAGUAAUGUGCACUUUGCGAUGAAGUACGACGUGGAUCCUGUUGGAACAGUCGCGCACGAGUGGUACAUGACCAUCGCCGCGAUCACGGACGACUACGAGAAUGCAAACGAGAUGGCGCUGAAGUACUGGCUUGGUUGCUUUGGCGAAGGCGUCCUCGGCAUUGCCCUCACAGACACCUUCGGCACUCCCGCCUUUCUUGAAGCCUUCCGCAAACCAAUCCCCGAUUUCACGUCUGCCGGCACUGGAGCCGUCUCAACAGCUCCCUCAGGACCCAGCACAACCACCGAGUCCAACAUCCAGAGCGAAGCCGAGACUAAGCCUCCUAUCUCCGCACCUCUUGCCAACGAUCACCCCAACUCCGCGGGCAAAACCUACGCCCAGGUCUACACAGGCGUGCGCCAGGACUCAGGCGACCCGGCUUACUUUGUGAAAAUCGCCCGAGACUUCUACGACCGCGAGGGCAUCACUGGGGCAAAGACGGUGGUGUUCUCCGAUUCACUGAACAUUGAGCACUGUUUAGAAUAUAAGGUUCUUGCGGAGGAGGCCGGGUUCAAGCCUGUAUUUGGCGUUGGAACAUUUUUCACAAACGACUUCAUUAACACAACCACAAACGAAAAAUCGCAACCCCUCAAUAUCGUCAUCAAGAUCGCCUCCGCGAAUGGCAGGGCCGCCGUCAAGCUCAGUGACAACAUGGGCAAGAACACAGGCGACAAGGACACCGUGCAGGCCGUCAAGAAGAGGCUGGGGUAUGUAGAGCACGAGUGGGAGGAAGGGGAUGAGCGGAAUCGGUGGAAUGGGAAGUGA